UAUAAUGUUUACAUACUCUACAUUACUCAUCUCACACUGUACUUUAUACCAUCUACUGCAUCUUGUCAUCUUUAUGCAAUACAUGUAUCACCAGCCACUUUAAACAAUGCCACUUUUAUAUGUUUACAUACCCUACAUUACUCAUCUCAUAUGUAUAUACUGUACUCUAUACCAUCUACUGCAUCUUGUCAUCUUUAUGCAAUACAUGUAUCACCAGCCACUUUAAACAAUGCCACUUUUAUAUGUUUACAUACCCUACAUUACUCAUCUCAUAUGUAUAUACUGUACUUGAUACCAUCUACUGCAUCUUGCCUAUGCCGUUCUGUACCAUCACUCAUUCAUACAUCUUUAUGUACAUAUUCUUAUCCCUUUACACUUGUGUCCUACUAGGUUACAUCAAACCAUAACACUGUAUCUACAACAGGUAUGCUUGGGAAGGAGUUUGGGGCAGGGCUCUGCUUUUCAAGUCUUUGUUGUGAGACUUGUGUCAGUAGAUAUGAAAGGACUGCCGCACCACUUGUUCUUAUGACAAGGAGUCUCAAGGUGCAGAUAAAGUACAAGGGUUUGGAUGGAUGUCCUGAGGGCCUUUCUCAUUCAUAAGAGGAACGUUUCAUCUAUCAUGAGGUUCAAAGGCGGAAAGGUUGUUAUCCGUUUUGGGUCCUUUUCCUGAGUCAGCAUGCACCAUAAAAAUACAUUGCCUUUUUGAUUUUAAAAGUUGAUACACCGUGUUAAAUUGUGAUGGUAUUAUUUUCUGUGGGCUGUAGAUUGAUUCAAAUGUAUGCUUGUUACACACCCAUGUCUGGAAGGAUGAAGUGAGGUGUUUAACAAGUACAGUAGAAUAAAGAACCAGUAGUUGACAAUAGCUUACACCAUUGAAUGCUGCUAAACGUCAUGUUGUCCAUUGCUGGAGAAGGGAAGGGUAGAGAUUGUUGGGUGUGUCAGCAAUCUUUGAAGGAGAGGGGAAACCGUGCAUGGGAGAUCACCAGAGCUGACUUGAGCGCACAGCAAGGCAGUGGAAUCAUUACUCAAUGAACAUUGAAGUAUUGAGCCAUGCAGAAUGACAAAUGCUUGUUUAAAAAGGUUAAAGACCCGUUUUCUGUCUUGUGUAAUGAUGCGUGACAACGGUAUGAGGAUAACCUUGAUAAGUUCGACGACAAUGCUCCAAUUUUGGGGUGUUAUGAUUAUGAAACUGCUACACUUUUCAGCAUUCAGGAAAUAGGUUUAUAGAGAACAGUUAGGCUACUCAACGUAAGGAAAAGCAGUAUGCUGACAAUAUUUUGCUCCUUGCUCACCGAACAGGACAGCGACUCAUGGGAUGUAGUGUGGGCUGUAGAACAAGGCUCAACUUUGGAAAGGCGCUGUCCAAAGUAUCCGUGUGUUUUACCAUGGUCGUGAUUUUCACCUAUUUCUUCUACUGUUUUACCGGAUUAUGUGACUCCGCGCCGAGACAGAUGUUCGACCAUCACACUGUAAACAGAGACUAUGAUAUAUCGGACCGUACGUACGACAACCUGCGACCGUCAGCUCGACUCUAUCCUCACCAGCCGGGCGCACCGACUCCCUGGAACAGGACAGACACUUCAACGGGCGCCGCGCUCCACAGUGCAGACGAACAGGUCGCCAAGCUACAGUGGGUUGAAGGCGGACUGCUCCCACAAGAAAUACCGGAGAGCACCAAGGAAAAUCUAGCUGCUAACGGCAUCCCGGUGUCCAACACAUUUGAGAGUAAGAAGUUCCCACAAGCCAUCAUAAUCGGUGUGAAGAAAGGCGGAACGCGCGCUCUGCUGGAGUUCCUACGGAUUCAUCCGGACGUGAGAGCUGUCGGGGCAGAACCUCACUUUUUCGACAGGUUCUACGAGAAAGGACUUGAGUGGUACAGGAACCUGAUGCCUCGGACCCUAGAAGGUCAGAUCACCAUGGAGAAGACGCCCAGCUACUUUGUGACCAAGGAGGCUCCUCGUCGCCUCUGCACCAUGAACUGCCACACCAAGCUCAUUGUAGUCGUCCGCGACCCCGUGACCCGGGCAAUCUCCGACUAUACCCAGACGCUGUCCAAACAACCCGGCCUCCCCUCUUUCCAGAGCCUGGCCCUCAAGAAUACCUCUACGGGAUUGGUCGACACCUCGUGGAGCGCCGUGCGCAUCGGCCUGUACGCCAAGCACCUGGAGAACUGGCUCCAGCACUUCCCCUUAUCUCACUUCCUGUUCGUCAGCGGCGAGCGGCUGGUGUCCGACCCGGCGGGGGAGAUGGGCCGGGUGCAGGACUUCCUGGGUCUGAAGAGGGUGGUGAGUGACAAGCACUUUUACUUCAACCAGACUAAGGGAUUCCCCUGUCUGAAGAAGCCAGAGGGAAGCAGCAGGCCCCGGUGUCUGGGGAAGUCCAAAGGAAGGCCUCAUCCACAGAUCUCACCAGAGGUACUGCAGAGGCUCAGGGACUUCUACAGGCCAUUCAACCGCAGGUUCUACCGGAUGACUGGACAAGACUUUGGAUGGGACUGAGCCGUCCACCAAUGUUACAUGGAAAUCAAGCUAAAGGAUGAAAAUGAUUACUUUAAAACAUGUGUAGAGGAUACUGCUUUCAUCAAGACAGGAAACACAAGACUGACAUUACAUUUGUCAAUGAGGGAACAGGGGUUCUAGGUUACCACUUUGACUUGUGACAUGGUAUGCAUUAUACAAAAUGUUGGCAUUUUUUGUAUUUUAUGGAACAAUGAUAUAAAGCUGUCGUUUAUAGUUUCAGUUACAGUAUGUGCAUGUUGCUACAUGUAAGAAUAAUGUAAGAACUCAUUGUUUUGCCAGUGUAAAGUACAUGAACCAGGAGAUCAUGAUACAUGUCACACAGUAAGUAGACCAAAGGAAGUUGAUGACUUGAUACCUCUGUGUGAGGAGACCCAUAUUACAAUGGAUUAUACAAAGGAUUUAUAGCCAACCUGUUUCUGACCAGCGUGUGUGUGUGUGUGUGUGUGUGUGUGUGUGUGUGUGUGUGUGUGUGUGUGUGUGUGUGUGUGUGUGUGUGUGUGUGUGUGUGUG